AUGCGUGUAUCUAUCUACACCCUCGUCUCGGCCGCGCUAUCAGCCGGUCCAGUUUCCGCCUUUCCCGCACAUCUCGCUGAAACUUUCAGCAAGCUUCGGAGUGCAAGUGAUAUCAGGUCAGAGCCCAACGGAAUCCCCAGCUGCCCCUUUGCGAAAAGGCAGCUCCCCGGUGUCGACCCCCCUUUCGAUGCCGAGACGCAGUAUGUGAGCAACACCGGCGACCAUGCCUUUGUGGCUCCGUCCAGUAACGACCAACGAGGGCCUUGCCCGGGAUUGAAUGCCAUGGCAAACCAUGGCUAUCUCCCCCAUAAUGGCGUAGCAAGCAUCCAGGAGUUCAUCACCGGUACGAUGGAGGCAUUCGGCAUGGGCAUCGACUUGGCAACUUUCCUUGCUAUCUAUGGAGCUGUAUUGGAUGGCGACCUGACGUCCUACUCGAUUGGGGGGCCGGUUCCAUCGUUACUCAAGCUUGGCGGUCUUCUGGGCGAACCUCAAGGCCUCUCUGGCUCACACAACAAGUACGAGGGCGAUGCAUCGCCUGUCCACGGAGAUUUUGGAAACAACCUACCCCAGGUAUCCCAAUUCACCGCUCUCUACGAGCUGGGGCAAGCAAACAGCGACUCAAUCGACCUGGAACUCUUGACGCAAUUCCGCGUACAGCGGUUCAGCGACUCCAUAUCCCAGAACCCAUACUUCUUCUCCGCGCCAUUCAGCGGUCUCAUCGUCAGCAACGCGGCAUACACGUUCAUCUACCGUUUCAUGGCCAACAAGACCGCAGAAAACCCACAGGGAAUACUAAAUGGAGAGAUUCUCAAGUCUUUCUACGCAGUCACCGGGGAGUUUCCCGACUUCACGAUAACGCCGGGCCACGAGCACUUCCCGGACAACUGGUACAAGCGGAACCCGCUCGAUUACUACACGAUUCCGUACUUCAACUUAGAUGCGCUGGCCAUGCAGCUGGAACAUCCUCAAUUUCUGUCGGUUGGAGGCAACACGGGCAAAGUGAACUCGUUCGUUGGUGUGGACCCGGCAGCAUUGACGGACGGUGUGUUCAACGCACCAAAUCUGCUCGAGGGCAACAACGCUUUCUGCUUUGGCGUGCAAGGUGCUUUGCAGAUGGCGCCCGAUAUUCUGAAGGGCCUGUUCGGGGACAUCACUGAGGCUUUGGUCUUGCUGUCUUCAGCUGUUGGGAAUGCGACGCAGGGUCUGAGCUGCCCGCAACUGACGAAUUUUGACGAAGGGCAGUUCGCGCAGUUCCCUGGGUACACUGGGUUGAAGCCGGACGGGGAGUAUAAGGCUUGA